AUUGGGGCGGGUUUGGAGAUGGAGAUCACAAUACCAUCCCCGCCCCAUCCCAUUGGGGAUCUCCAUUCCCAUUCCCCAUUUGUCUCUUAAUUCUCUUCCCAUUAGGGGCGGGUAUCCAAUGGAGCCCCGCCCGCUGGGGAUUUUUGCCAUCCUAUGUCCCCCAAAACCACUCUCAACCUAGCCAACAGAUCCAGCGAUGGGGAAGACGAACGGCUUCAUCGGCGUCGACGCUGCCGUGAACCACCGCAUCAUAAGGCUGAUAAGCACAGGAAGCCUAAGAAGAAGAAGAAGAGAAGUGAGAAGCUGAAGUUGAACGAGGAGGAGGCUAACAAGUCUCUGUACAUAUGUCACAUUGAGCACCACCCUGGAAGGUGGGUCGCUUAUGUUGUCCGCGCCAGCAACUUGUCCGAUUUGUUGUUGUCAUCAGAAGACGAUGAUGGUUUGCAAUUACGGCAAGUGGGUUAUAAGGCCGGGGAUGAACUCCCGGGGUCUGUGGGUUGCGGUGUGUGGGGCUCCCGGAUUGUUUUCGCCGCCGGCAUGAAACCCUGCGGCCGUAUGCCUUCACUUGAUCGUCCCGACAUAGUUUGGCAUAGAGAUGUUUACGCCUUUGAAACUGACCCCAACAAGCACAAGCAGCCUCGUGAUAAUAGUAGAAUUACCAAGAUGGGUGGCACAUUAGUUGAAGCCAAGUUCCUUCCUCUGAUGGAGGAGGUGGGGGGCAAACUGUAUGCACUUUCAUAUAGGCUGGUGGCUGAUCCUCCCUCAUUUGAGGUAUUCGACCCGAAAGUGGGGAGUUGGGCGCCCCUGCCCCAGCCUCCAUUAUUCAAACGUCUUGGUCAGUAUAACCGCGGUGGCUUCCUCUCUUAAGCUUUGGUCCUGCACCUGCCGGCGGGUGCUGAUGACAAGAAGAAGAUAAUGUUUGCCUAUAGUUUUGGUCGUUGGUAUCUAGGAGUUUAUCUUAUGUCCUUGGAAGAAAAUCAAGAAUCUAUCACCCGAAUUGGUGAUUUGAAGCUGCCAAGGUUGCCUCAGGAAUAUGAAUUUGCACAAAGAUGUUAUUUUGUCCAUAUAGGAGGUCAGAAAGCCUGCAUUGUUGCCCCCGAAUUGGUUAGGCCAUAUAAACAAGGACCUGAUAUUAACGAGGCUGGGACUCAUAGGACACAGGGUGUUGCCAUACCAUUUUCAAUUUGAAGUUGAUAUCACCAAGGUCGACAAGGACGAGAAGAAUUGUUUGACCCUCCAAUUCAUGCCUACUCGUAUCUUCGAAUUCUAUACCAACCCGUCCACUUUUCCUGAUCCUGAAGCGGAAGGAUGGUGCUUGAUUAAUACUGCUAUUUGUUAUAAGCAGCCAUUUGCAUGUCCAAGAUUCAAGCGGCUUCAAUCUGUGCCAGCAGAAUAAUUCAGUUACAGGCAAAGAGUUUGUCAGUUGCAGGCGUUGUUUAAGUUUUGAUGAAACAUUUGGAACUUUUUGUUACAAAAGCUGUGAUCUCCAUGUUUAUCUAAGAACUGAAGCGAGGAAGGUAUUUUUUAUGCAUAUGGCUUGGGAGAUGGAAUGCCUACUAAUAUUGUGAAGGACAGGGUAGUGGUUUUAAUUUUAGGAGUAUAUUUUGCAGUACAAAAGGAAUCGGAUACAAGCGGGAGAAUCCCCUAUUUACAACAGCAGUGAUUUCUGCUUACAGAUAUAUAACAGUGGACCUGUUUGAGGUGGAUCGGAAGUCUGAAGGCUUUCGUAUACAAUGUUGGUUGUAUUCAUAUUCCUGAUCAACUAACUGGAGCAGACUGAUUUAAAGAAGAGGGACUAGCAGAAGCAGUCCAUUGUGAGGUUCACCAGGUUUCCUGAUGCCAUCUGGUGUGCAGAGCAGGUGCCCUUCUUACAUCAGCAAUGUGUAUGGCACUUUAAUUUUGUUUGGCUUGCUGGUUAAGUGAUUUCUUUUCGUAGAAAAAACAAGCAGGUGGUAUACACCCAAACCCAAGUUCUAGUGUAAUUGUUGGAGGAAAAUAAUGCAGACUCGAAGAAGAUUAUGUUUC